CUUCCCGGCUUUGUAAGCACAUGUGCGCAUUUGGAUGUGAGGGGAUCUUCAAAACACUGCUAAAAACUGGCAGCCUUUUCGUCGGAGGAGUUGAUUACGCAAGAACCCAAAUACAAAAAAUGGAGAGGUAAAAGAUUUUGGAUUAUCACAAAAGAUGCAGAAGGAAAUGAUUAGCAAUAGGACCCACAAAGGGGAGGAGGGGAGGCCAAGAGAUUCCUUGGAAUCUUGUUUUUAUGUUGGAUUUGUGACUGUAAAAUUUUAAUCUGAAAAAGCAAAUAAUUAAAAAAAAUAAAAUAAACAUGAAUAAAUUGAAGGUGAAUAAUGAACAAGAGCGAGGCAAUUGGACCCGGCACGGGUGCAAAAGAGAAGCGUGGCUGCCACUGCCACAUUUGUAGCCUUGUUCCUCACACUAGCAGGGAUGGAAGGGGCAGAGAGGCAAAAGUGUGCUUUGGGCUAUGCCAGCCUCAAGGUGGUAGAAAAUGAUUGGGCCGACAUCCUGCCCACUGCCUCCGAGAGUCAGAAGUGGGGCACAAUUGGAGAUCCACUGCAGCCUCUGCAGACUGAGGUCUUACAGAGUUAAAGCCGAGCUUUAAAAAGCAUACAGUAGCUGCCAAACUCAUGAAAACCUUUUGUUAAAAGUGUAUUUCACAGGUUUGAUGGCUCAUAACACCCGAUUGGCUCUCUAAACACUCACUGGCUUCAUUCAAAUGAAGGAAAGCGACUGCAUAUCAACCUAAGCAAGUUGAGUUUCCUUUUUCUGGUCAUUUGGCUAUAACUUUUGAUAGAAUACAGAUAAUUGAACAAACUUCGUUGCAUUACAUUCUUCAUUAAAUGAUAUUUCCAUUGAUCUAUAGGUUUAUGGUAUUACUCAAAAGAAAAGUGGUGUUAUGAGCUGUCAAACCUCAGAAACACACUUUUUCCAAAUGGUUUCCACAAUCUUGGCCACUAGUGUAGAUGAAAACUGUCCUUUUUAAGGGAUGCCUGAAUAUAGCAAUGGGAGAAAGCUGGGCAGCGAUGUGGUAUGUUGCUCUCUGGCUGAUGAGUCUGUGUAAAAGACUAUGGAUACAGAAAGGAAGAGGAGGCAUGAGAUAGAUCAUAGAAUCAUAGAGCUGGAAUGGACCCGAGGGUCAUCUAGUCCAACCCCCUGCAAUGCAGGCAUCUCAGCUAAAGCAUCCAUGACAGAUGGCUGUCCAACCUCUGCUUAAAAACCUCCAAGGAAGGAGAGCUCACAACCUAAGGGAGAUUUUGGGGGAUCCCUGCAAGUGGGUAGAGGAACAUGAGCAAUAGACCCUUCAUAUGAAGAAGCAGUAAACCAGAUCCCAAAUGGGGGGGGGGCGGUUUCAUCAGAGAAUGUUUUUCUGCAGAUGAGAGGUGGAAGAACAAGACUCUGCCGCCCUCAAAGCAGGAAGACAGCCCAAGAGCAUCAUGACGGAGAGCUCUGGGGAAAUUUGGGUCAGAAGCAGACACAAGACAUUGAGGGAGAACGCCCAUGGCCCAGAUGUGCACUGCCAACAAUUUAGGCACUUCCAGUACCAGGAGGCCAAGGGACCACGGGAAGUUUGCAGCCGACUCCACCGCCUUUGCCGUCAGUGGCUGAAGCCGGAGACACACACCAAGACCCAGAUCUUGGACCUGGUGAUCCUGGAGCAGUUCCUGGCUGUCCUCCCUCCGGAGAUGGAGAACUGGGUGAGGGAAUGUGGAGCAGAGACCAGUUCCCAGGCGGUGGCCCUGGCUGAAGGUUUCCUCCUGAGUUGGGCAGAGGAUCAGAAGCAGGAAAAGCAGCAGGUAAAGGGUCUGUUUGCUGAAAUGGGAGAUGAUUCCCCUGUGGCAGAGAGGACUCCGUCAGACCCCAGACAGAAGCCACUGGGUGAGGAUCAGUGCGAUGUAUCUCAGUUUGGGCUCUCUCCAUGUUGUGAAUUGAACUUCCAUGGAAAUAGUUGCUUUUUGGAGGGUCCAGUGUCCUUUGAGGAUGUGGCCGUAUGUUUCACAGCAGAAGAGUGGGCUGUGUUGGAUCCUGACCAGAGAGCUCUGCACAAGGAAGUCAUGGAGGAAAAUGGAGGCAUCGUGGCCUCUCUGGGUGACAAAUUGAAAACCAAUAAUAAAAGAAAACAAGCUGGAAAAGAGUCACUGGAAAGAUGCACAAAGAAGGAAAAGCAGAGAAGGAAAACUGAAGCAGAGAAGAUGGGAAGGAAUACAUCCCCGGCCUCUCAGGGUAGCAACUACAAUGAAAUUGCAGUCAAAGAAAAAACAGAUAUAAGAAACAAAAAGAAGUGUUGGGAUUAUUGGAAAAGUUUCGGUUCUAAAAGGAAAUGUAAAGCACAUUGCCAAAACUGCAAAGGGGAGAAACCAUAUAAAUGCUUCGAGUGUGGAAAGAGCUUCACGAGACACUCUGCACUCAUUUUCCAUCGAGGAAUUCAUAGUGGAGUGAAACCGUAUAAAUGCUUUGAAUGUGGAAAGAGCAUUAGUUGCAAGCAGGGGAUCAGUGAUCAUCAAAGAAUUCACACAGGGGAGAAACCAUAUCAAUGUAUGGAAUGUGGAAAAAGCUUCACUCGGAAGAUAUAUCUUACUAAUCACCAAAUGAUUCACACAGGGGAGAAGUCUUAUAAGUGCUUGGAAUGUGGAAAAGGCUUCACUCAGAGCUCCAAGCUCACUUCCCAUCAGAGAAUUCACAUUGGGGAGAAACCAUAUAAAUGCUUAGAGUGUGGAAAGGGCUUCAGCCGCAAAAAGAGCGUCACUUAUCAUCAAAGAAUUCACACAGGGGAGAAACCAUAUAAAUGCUUAGAAUGUGAAAAGAGCUUCAUGCAGAAGGCAAGCCUCACUUUUCAUCAGAGAACUCACACAGGGGAGAAACCAUAUAAAUGCUUGAAUUGUGGGGAAAGCUUCACCCAUAAGACAAGUCUCACAUUUCAUCAGAGAACUCACACAGGGGAGAAACCAUAUACAUGUUUGGAAUGUGGAAAGAGCUUCCCUCGCAGUGGUGAGCUUUCUUCCCAUCAGAGAAUUCAUACAGGGGAGAAACCGUUUGAAUGCUUGGAAUGUGGAAAGAGCUUCCGUCACAUUUCUAGCCUUUCUUCCCAUCAGAGAAUUCAUACAGGGGAGAAACCGUUUGAAUGCUUGGAAUGUGGAAAGAGCUUCCGUCACAGUUCUAGCCUUUCUUCCCAUCAGAGAAUUCAUACAGGGGAAAAGCCACAUAAAUGUUUGGAGUGUGGAAAGAGCUUCACUCGGAAGAUACAUCUUACUAAUCAUCAGAGAAUCCACACUGGGGAGAAACCAUAUAAAUGCUUGGAAUGUGGAAGCAGCUUUAUUUCCAAACACAGACUCACUUCCCAUGGAAGAAUUCACACAGAGGACUUGCCAUAUAAGUGCAUGGAAUGUGGGAAAAGCUUCAUCUUGAAGCAAAGUCUCACCUACCAUCUAAGAAUUCACACGGGGGAGAAGCCAUACAAAUGCUUUGAAUGCGGAAAGAGCUUCAGUGGGAAGGCACACCUUAGUUCUCAUGAAAGAAUUCACACAGGAGAGAAACCAUAUAAAUGUUCUGAGUGUGGAAGGGGCUUCAAAGAUAGUUCUAGCCUUCUCUUCCAUCAAACAAUUCACACCGGGGAGAAACCGUACGAAUGCUUGGUGUGUGGGAAGAGGUUCAGAGACAAAUCUCACUUUACAAACCACAAAAGAAUUCAUACAGGGGAGAAGCCAUAUAAAUGCUUAGAAUGUGGAAGGAACUUCAGCUGCAAGAAAAGUAUCCUUAAUCAUCAAAGAAUUCACACGGGGGAGAAGCCAUACCGGUGCCUGGAGUGCGGAAAGACCUUCAGCCAGAAGAAGCACCUCACCAACCACCAGGCGAUUCACGCGGAGGAAAAACCGUACCGGUGCUUGGAGUGCGGACGCAGCUUCAACUGCCGCUAUAAUCUGAUUCGGCACCAGAGGAUCCACACCGGGGAGAAGCCGUAUCAAUGCCCGGAGUGCGGGAAGGGCUUCCGGCACAGCUCCACCCUCUCUUCCCACCAGAGACUUCACACCGGGGAGAAGCCCUAUCAAUGCCCGGAGUGCGGGAAGAGCUUCAGGGAUCGGUCUCACCUGUAUGCCCACCAAAAUGUUCAUACGGGAGAGAAACCGUAUGCCUGUCUGGAAUGCGGGAAGAGCUUCUACCAGAAGAAGCACCUCCGUAAGCAUCAGAUAAUCCACACGGAGGAGAAGCCGUACAGGUGCUUGGAGUGCGGAAAGAGCUUCCGCUGCCGUUUCAAGCUAACCCGCCACCAAAGGAUCCACACAGGAGAGAAGCCGUAUCGGUGCUUGGAGUGCGGAGUGAGCUUCAAAUGCAGCUCUGCCCUCUGUUCCCACGAAAGGAUCCACACAGGGGAGAAGCCGUAUCAGUGCCCCGAGUGCGGGAAGGCCUUCAGAGCGAAGUCUCACCUGUAUUCCCACAAAAAGAUUCACACGGGAGAGAAACCCUACCCGUGCCUGGAAUGCGGCAAGGCCUUCCGGCGGCAAGAGCACCUCACCAACCACCAAGCGUUGAUUCACACGGCGAAUAAGCCCUAUAAAUGCCUGGAGUGCGGGAAGAGCUUCAGUCAGAGUAUUUACCUUACGUACCAUCAGAGUAUUCACACCGGGGAUAAAUCGUAUCCGUGCUUGGAGUGCGAGAAGAGCUUCCACAGCCAGAAAAGUCUCAGUUCUCAUCAGAGAGCUCACAAAGGGGACUGCAAGAAGAUCAAACCUAUCCAUUCUCGAGGAAAUCAGCCCUGAGUGCUCACCGGAAGGACAGAUCCUGAAGCUGAGGCUCCAAGACUUUGGCCACCUCAUGAGAAGAGAUGGUUGGACAGUGUUCUUGAAGCUAUGACAAACCUAGACAGCAUCUUCAAAAGCAGAGACAUCACCUUGCCGAUAAAGCUCCGUAUAGUUAAAGCUAUGGUUUUCCCAGUAGUGAUGUAUGGAAGUGAGAGCUGGACCAUAAAGAAGGCUGAUCACCAAAGAAUGGAUGCUUUUGAAUUAUGGUGCUGGAGGAGACUCUUGAGAGUCCCAUGGACUGCAAGAAGAUCAAACCGAUCCAUUAUGAAGGAAAUCAGCCCUGAGUGUCGGGAAAGAUUGAGGGCACAAGGAGAAGGGGACGACAGAGGACGAGAUGGUUGGACAGUGUUCUCAAAGCUACCAACAUGAGACUGACCAAACUGCGGGAGGCAGUGGAAGACAGGAGUGCUUGGCAUGCUCUGGUCCAUGGGGUCACAAAGAGGCGGACACGACUAAACGACUGAACAACAACAAAUUUUUAAAAGGGCGUGGGGAGAGAAUUUGAGUAGAAACACAAACUUCCGUUGUCGUAAAGCAGGGAGCAGUAUUUAUUCUUGGUGUAUUUUUUAAAAGGUUCAGUGAUGAUGCACACAGGGGAGAAGCUGUGCUUCCGAAAAGGAACAAAUUCUCGUGAAAGUGAAUUCUUUAAUUUGCCCUAAAUAAAGCAAGAGGGUAGGGAACAAACAGGGUUAAAAUCCCAUUUGCAAAUAUUUAUUUCCAAUUUAUCAGCGGAAGAGGUGAAGGCAUUUUAGUUUCUGAAACUUGUAAGCCCUGCAGAGAGAAAUCAGCAGCAUCUUCUACGUGAUAAAGAGCAAAAAUAUGCAUGAAAAAUAAAGCACAGUCUUCACAAGGGAUGAUAAAGUGUGAAAUGAACUGUAUUAAAAUGUCAGCAUCUGUCGCAUUCAAAGAUCGUGCAAGAUCGAAAUUAACAAUUAAGGAUUACUGAAUCCAGCUUGGCCACACCUAAGCUCCACAAGCUCCCUUCUUAAAACUGUAGCAAAUCCACAGCUGUCCUGUUGGCAUGGCCUUUUUCAUUUAAAAGAGCGCCAUUGCUCCUAAUCCAGAAGGGACUUUGAGAGUCCUAAAUGCAUGCUAGCAGAGAACAGCUCUCUGUCCCUGUGGGAGGUGGGGAAUUGGGAUACUUCCCACCAUCACAAUCCAGGAUCCCAUCUCUGCUGUAGUGAAAGAGGGGAAAUGGGCAAAAAUCAGAUUAAAAAAAUAAGUGUUUUAUGUCGCUGAUUCAGGAGCUAAGCUCACUGAAUUCAAAGUUGUCAAUUUUGGAGGACGAGAUGCAUUCCCCUCCUUUCGACUGUCUGAAAAGGGGUAUAUCGCCCUCAUUUCACUAAAGGUCUGCUCUCGUAGGCUUUUCUGGUGUUCCUCUCCGGGUUGGGUUGGUUUUUUUUACGUCAAACUUUUUAUUGGACAAGUGUGCCUAUGAUAGCUCUGCAAAGGCCCAGACCAGCUUCUAGUCACAGUCUCUCUAAAUGAAACCAGAGUCUGUUUUUCUUUGCCUGCCGUUUCCCAGAUUUCCCUCGGCAAUUUCUUUCUUUAUAAAAAAACCAGAUAUAAUCAAAUUGAAAAGAACACCAAGCAACGGCAGGAUAGUUUUUAUACGGGCAGUCCUUAAGUCCCGCCCAAUUCUGCUUUCACAGCACGCUUACUCUGAGGUAAAAUCCCACUGUUCAAUAUGGCUCAGCAAAUAUGUCUAUGGUUUCAUCCUAUUUCACUUUCUUCUCUUAUUCAUAUCUCGCCCUUCCCUCAAAAUGCUCGGGUGGAUGGGGUAUUUAUUCUUCUCCCUGACCCAAUUCUUAGCUACAACUCUGUAAAGGAGGGUAUAGGCCAGGCAUCCCCAAACUGCGGCCCUCCAGAUGUUUUGGCCUACAACUCCCAUGAUCCCUAGCUAAGAGGACCAGUGGUCAGGGAUGAUGGGAAUUGUAGUCCAAAACAGCUGGAGGGCCAAAGUUUGGGGAUGCCUGAUAUACCUCUCCGAUAAUAAGCCAUACCCAGAAAAUAAGCCACAGUGAUAGGCAGUUUAACCUUGUAGGUUAAACUGGAGCAUACUUAAUAAAAUAAAUAAGACAUCCCCUGAAAAUAAGCCACCGUGUUUUUUUUUGAGGAAACAUAAAUAGAAGACAGCACUUGUCUUAUUUUUGGAGAAACACAGUAGGCUAAGAGAGAAUGGCUGGCUCAAGAUUCACUUUAUUUAUGUUUCCA